UGGAUCGUCUGGCUCGACAGUGGGCAUCGGGUCAUCAGGCACGACAGCGGGCAUCGGGUCACCAGGCAUCAGGUCAUCUGGCUCGACAGCGGGCAUCAGGUCAUCUGGCUCGACAGCGGGCACCGGGUCAUCAGGCACGACAGUGGGCAUUGGAUCACCAGGCAUGACAGCGGGCACUGGGUCAUCAGGCAUUGGAUCGUCUGGCUCGACAGCGGGCAUCGGGUCACCAGGCAUCAGGUCAUCUGGCUCGACAGCGGGCACCGGGUCAUCAGGCACGACAGUGGGCAUUGGGUCACCAGGCAUGACAGCGGGCACUGGGUCAUCAGGCAUUGGAUCGUCUGGCUCGACAGCGGGCAU